UUAUUAUAUAUUAAUUAUUGUAAUAUAUGUAUUAUUUUCGUAUUCAACGAUGGAGAAGGAAAGGUUUACAAUGCUUCUGUUGGAACCAGGAGAAAUAUUUUUUGAAGAUUAUAGUGUUCAAAUAAAAAGACUAGACACUCAAUUUUCUGGAGAUAAGUGGAUGGAGGGAAGAUUGAAAUUAUGCUCUAAAUCUUUAGUAUUUGUAAAUAAAGAUAUUAAUCAGCCACUAAUUAAACUUCAACUUAAAGAAAUUACAUCAAUUGAGCAAUGUACAUUAAGCAAUGAUGUAGUAAGUAAUAUACUAUCAAUACAAUGUAAGCAACAUGUGGAAAUGUUAGAGAAAAAUAUAUUAGCACCAUAUAGAUUUAUACAUCAGAAUACUAUGUUCCACUUUUGUUUCAAUUAUGCAAAAGUAGAAGAUAGUCUUUCGCAGAUCCUGCAGUUGCAUCGAGCAGCGAGUUUAGCAACUGUAGAACAAAAUGCAAUGAUUAUGGCUAUUGUACACUCUAGACAAUCACGUGUAUCUUUUGAUACAUCGUGGCUUGAGGAUUUAUAUGAACAAGUGAUUUUGGAAACACAAGCAAAUAAAGUUUUGCCACUUGUAAUAAAUCCAGGCAGAGUAUUAUUAACCAAUUCUAGGAUCUACUUUCAACCUUAUAAUAAUAUGGAUCAACAUCCUGUUCUUAAGAUUCAACUGAAAGAUAUAAGGAAUGUUAUAAAAAGGAGAUUUUUAUUGCGACAAGUGGGUCUGGAAAUUAAAUGGAUGAGACAAAUUGAUAGCAAGAUUGAACAUUUAUUUUUAUCGUUUCAAAAUCAAGAUGGCAGAGAUAAACUACAUGAAAAUUUACUUAAACAAUCGGCUGUUUCUCUUGAGACUGUACCACAAAAUCAAAUGACAAUGAGAUGGCAAAAUGGAUCUUUAUCGAAUUAUGAUUACAUUUUAUAUGUAAAUAGUUUAGCGGAUAGAACAUUUCAUGAUUUGACGCAAUAUCCAGUGUUGCCUUGGAUUAUACAAGACUAUACUUCUUCAAUGUUGAAUUUAAAUGAUGUUAAUGUUUACAGAGAUCUUUCGAAACCUAUUGGCGCAUUAAAUCCUAUUCGUCUCGAGAGACUAAAAGAACGAUUUUCGGAAAUGUCUGAUCCGAAGUUUUUAUAUGGUUCUCAUUAUAGUGCACCAGGUUUUGUACUGUUUUAUCUAGUACGGAAAUACCCCCAGUAUAUGCUCUGUCUUCAAAAUGGGAGAUUUGAUCAUCCAGAUAGAAUGUUCAACAGUAUAGCCGACGUGUGGAAAAAUGUUUUGGUGAACAUGUCUGACUUUAAAGAACUGAUACCAGAGUUUUAUGACACGAACAAUGGUGGUGACUUUCUAGUGAAUAAUUAUGGUAUUGACUUUGGCUAUCGACAUGAUGGUACAAAAAUAGGCGAUGUACAUCUACCUCCUUGGGCAAAAGGACCAGCCGAUUUUGUACAACAAUUGCGAAAUGCCUUAGAAAGCGAUUACGUUUCUCAAAAUCUUCAUCAUUGGAUUGACCUAAUUUUUGGAUAUAAGCAAAGAGGAGUUGAAGCUGAUAAGGCUGACAAUGUAUUUUUCCAUUUGUGUUAUGAAGGAGCAGUAGAUUUAGAUACUAUACGAGAUAUAAAUGACAGACAUGGUCUUGAGGUGCAAAUAAUGGAAUUCGGACAGAUACCAAAACAAGUUUUCACUUUACCUCAUCCCAAACGUUUGACAUCAGCUACAAAUUUAUUAUAUAGCGAAACAUUAACUUCAUCAGACUCAAUAACUUCAGCUAGUGCAUGUGCAAAUGAAAAAUCAAUUAAUUUUACUAAAUUGGUAAUGUUUCAAGCACAUAAAGACUGUGUCACUAGUAUUGUACGAAAAAAUAAAACGAGUAACGAAAUUAUAUCAGUAGGGCAAGAUGGAAUGCUUAAAUUGUAUAAUAUAAGUGAGAAGAAAUUGACACGUAGUGUUACCUUAUCUCCAUUGUCACUGUCUUCUUGUAUCUCAUACUAUACGCUGUCACAACAGAACAUUCUUGUAGCAGGAUCAUGGGACAAUACCUUAAUAUUUUACGAUAUCGAGUUCGGCAGAGUAAUUGAUGUUCUACAAGGGCAUGAAGAUGCUGUAUCGUGUUUAGCGUGGAGUUCUACUCAUCAAGUGAUUAUAUCUGGAUCAUGGGAUUGCACUGCAAAAGUUUGGCAUGGCUAUACUUCUGGAUCAAAAAUUAAACCUACAGAAUGCUUUAUCGCGCAAUUAGAUCAUGAUUCUAAAGUAAUUUGUAUUAAUAUAUCGAGAGACGACACUAUGUUAGUAUCUGGUACAGAAGAUGGUGAAUUAUGUUUAUGGAGCAUGAACAGUUACAAUUUACAAUCAACUAUUAAAGGUCACACAUGCAGAGUAAACGCUGUAAUUUUCGAUAAACAAUGCAGCAGUGUGAUAUCAUGUGCAGAAGACAAAGUAUUAAAUAUAAUCGAUGUCCGAACAAGUACACAGAUAUAUUCAGUCAAUUUAGAAAGCGAACCAUUAACGUUAACAUGGAUGGAAACGUUCUUGCUGAUAGGUGAUAACGAUGGAAAUCUUAAUAUCUGGAAUCAUCAAGAGGCUGUAUUCAUUCAGCAAAUACAUUGCCACGAUGGACCGCUUUGCGCCUUAGCUGUAGCCGCAGAUAGUAAUUCGAUAAUAACAGGUGGAAAAGAUAGAAAAGUUAUCAUAUGGAAAUGUCAUGAUCACUGAUAGUAUUAUAAAUAAUCACUAUCAGUGUAUAAGAAAAAUUAUAGAUAUGUAAAUAUAUAUA